AUUCCUUCACAAUUACAUGGUCUCUCUAUAAUGAAUGAAACCCUAUAAAUCUUAAACCCUAGUUCAGAUAUAAACCUCAAUUUUUCUCUGUCGGCUACAAACAGAGAACCUCCAACUAUUUCACAGAGGCUUCACGCUUGCCAUUCAGCUGAAUAAAAAUGCUUCUUUUAUUUGAAACCCCUGCUGGGUUUGCCCUUUUUAAAGUGUUGGAUGAGGGGAAGCUCUCUAAAGUUGAGGACUUAUCGAAGGAGUUUGAUACCGUGGACACAGCUAGAAAGAUUGUGAAGUUGAAAGCUUUUUCUAAGUUUGAGAACACAUCAGAGGCUUUGUCAGCAGCAACAUUGUUGAUUGAUAGCAAACCUAGCAAAGGUUUACGCAAGUUCUUACGUGCUCACUGUGAUGGUGAAACACUAGCUGUGGCUGAUUCCAAACUUGGAAAUGCAAUCAAAGAGAAACUUCAAAUCGACUGUUUCCACAACAAUGCUGCUAUGGAACUGAUGAGAGGUGUGAGAAGUCAAUUGACUGAGCUUAUAUCUGGUCUGGGAGCUCAGGAUUUGGCUCCAAUGAGCUUGGGUUUAUCUCAUAGCCUGUCCAGAUACAAGCUAAAGUUCAGCCCUGACAAGGUUGAUACAAUGAUCAUACAGGCAAUUGGUUUAUUGGAUGAUCUUGAUAAAGAGCUUAACACAUAUGCCAUGAGGGUGAGGGAAUGGUAUGGUUGGCAUUUUCCCGAGCUUGCAAAGAUCAUUCAAGACAACAUCCUUUACGCAAAGUCGGUGAAGCUGAUGGGUGACCGUACGAAUGCUGCAAAGCUCGAUUUUUCUGAGGUCCUGUCGGAAGAGGUUGAAGCUGAACUCAAAGAAGCAUCCAUGAUAUCCAUGGGAACUGAAAUUAGUGAUCUUGAUCUGAUAAAUAUUAAAGAUCUUUGUGAUCAGGUUCUGUCUCUUUCAGAGUACAGAGCUCAACUGUACGAUUAUCUGAAGAGCAGAAUGAACACUAUCGCUCCAAAUCUAACUGCUCUUGUUGGAGAACUUGUUGGUGCUCGUCUCAUUGCCCAUGGGGGGAGCUUAAUUAAUCUUGCAAAGCAGCCAGGGAGCACAAUUCAAAUUCUUGGAGCAGAAAAAGCAUUGUUCAGAGCUCUUAAGACAAAACAUGCAACCCCAAAAUAUGGGCUUAUCUACCAUGCCUCUUUAAUUGGUCAGGCUGCUCCAAAACAUAAAGGAAAAAUUUCACGAUCUCUAGCUGCUAAAGCAUCCAUAGCAAUUCGGUAUGAUGCCCUUAGAGAAGGGGAAGAUAAUUCUAUGGGGUUGGAGCAUCGAGCCAAGCUUGAAGCACGCUUGAGGAAUCUAGAAGGCAGAGAACUAGGCCAUGCUUCUGGUUCAGCUAGAGGCAAACCCAAGAUUGAGUUCUAUGAUAAGGACCGCAAGAAGGGAGCAGGUGCUUUGAUAACUCCUGCGAAGACAUACAAUCCAUCAGCUGAUUCUCUUCUUGGAAAGACGGAAGCAUUGCCUGAGGAUAAGGAGGAAGAGGAAGCUGUCUUAGGAAAGAGGAAGAAAAAAACAGAAGAAACUCAGACCGAAGCCCCUGAAGAGAAGAAAGACAAAAAGAAGAAAAAGAAAAAGGCCGUUGAUGCAGAUGAAACUGUGUUGGCAGAGGCGGAGGCUGAGGAUGAAGUUGCUGCCAAAAAAGAAAAGAAGAAGAAGAAGAAGAAGCAUUCAGCUGAGGAGUCUGAGGCUCAGAAUACUGAGAAUCUAGAGGCAGGGGGGAAGAAAAAGAAGAGGAAGCAUGCCGACCAAGAUGAAGAAACUGAAACUCCCGCAAAGAAGAAAGAUAAAAAGAAGAAGAAAAGAAGUGAAGAAUGAGGGAAGAUGCGGAAUACUAUGCUCACAUGCUACUGAUCUAUUUUGGGUAUGUAUACUUGCAAGAAGUGAGUUUGGGCGGUUGUUGGAUGUUAAGUUCUAUUAUUACAGAGCAAUUUCUGUAGGAUCAGUUAGCAAUGUUUUCCUGCUUGGAGUAUGUCUGCCUGCAGUUAAAUAUUUAAAUAGGAUAAAUAUUAUUUAGUGUUGGAUGAAUCGCAUAUGUUAUGCCUUUGAUUGAAUAUUAAUUUGUUUUGCGUUUCA